AUGGAAUCAGUUCCCAAUCUGGAUGUCUUCAUCCUUACCUUCAACGCUGCCAAACAUGAGAUUAACGUUCCCGUUUUUGCUCGACACCUCUAUAAUGCUUUCGGUCAAAAUGCUUCAAGCCUACCAGAGUUGCUUGUCAUUUCCCUCCAGGAGAUGGCCCCUUUAGCUCAGGCGUUCAUCGGUUCACACGUACUCAGCCCAUAUUUUCAACGUUAUGAAACGGCCGUCAAUACUGCAGCUGCCAAGUUCAUUGCAGAGGAGGAACGGGAGAACCGCCCAAAAGAUAGUCCAUACACGUUGGUGACCACGCGAAAUGUUGGUAUGACAGGCAUUUUGCUAUUCGCCCGCGAGCCAGCCGCUGUACGAAAUCUUCAAACAGCCGAAGUUGGGUUUGGUGCCGGUGAUAUGGCAAACAAGGGCGCUGUAGGACUUCGGAUGCUUUAUAGAAAGGAAGAUGAGGAUGGCUCGUCACUGGCGUCAACUGAACUUACCUUCGUCAGCGCCCAUCUAGCCGCUAUGGAGUGGAAUCUCAACAAAAGGAACAAGAAUUGGGAGAGUAUCGUUUCUGGCCUCACAUUCGAGGACCCCAAGAAGAUUGCGGAGCGGCCGUCGACGCAGCGCACACUUGACGGCGAUGGGGAUUUUGAAACACAAGAACCUCUCCUUGAACAGGAUUCAACACUCAAAGCUACGCAUAAUGUCUCUGUGUACAAGCCAGGCUCCCAUCUUUUUGUUGCCGGCGAUCUCAAUUAUCGUCUAUCUAAGAAGCCACCAACCUCAGACUCUACCUUUCCAGAUAUCGACCCCGAGAGCCCGAAUCACUUUUCUCGAUUCCUAUCUCGCGAUCAACUUGCCAUAGAGAAGGCUGCUGGACGUACACUAAAUGGAUUGAGCGAGGCGCCCAUCAAAUUUCCACCGACCUACAAGCUUACAUUUUUGCCUAAAAGCGACCCUCAGGGGGAGCUGAGUCAGGCCGAGAAUGAGCAAGACGAUUCCUGGUCCUGGGCUAUUCAUCGGUGGCCUGGCUGGUGUGACCGUAUUUUAUUCCUUGACAUCCCUUGGUGGGUUCGAGAAACAGUCGGCGACGUAAAGAUGAACGUCUUGGCCUACGACGCGAUCCCUGCAAUGCGAUCGAGUGAUCAUAGAGCUGUAUUCUUGCGCCUGAAGGUUCCGAUGCUCGAGCCCGCCAAGCUUCUGCCAACUGAGUCUGCUUGCAAGACGGAGUUGAGUGCCGACCAACAUCAACCCGUAGACCCACGCAUCAAGCUGCCUUUCCCAAUCGAUUUUCAGUCCUGGGAACACCGGGCCCAGGUCAAGAAAUGGGAAUAUACCAUUGGAUGGUCGAUGCUCGUCUCGCUUUCAAGACGAGGUCUCAUGGCUUUUGUUGCGCUUGUCCUUAUCGGCCUUGGUACUUGGUGGUAUCGGUCGCGGUAG